CACGUUCAACGUCUUCAAACGUUUAAAGUUCUGUGUUAGCUUUAGCCUGGGCGACCCGAUAAAACCGUAGAUUGUUGAAAUAAUUUUUAAAAAUGGAGACGACAGCAGCUCGCCGGUCGUUUCUUUGUGAUAUCGGUUUCUGGGCAGACCGCACUGCCCUGCAUGAAGCAGCGUCUCACGGCAGAGCUCUGCAGCUGAAACAGCUGAUCGAGGGUGGAUCGUCUGUCAACAUGGUGACCGUGGACAACAUCACUCCUCUCCAUGAAGCCUGCAUUCAGGCUCAUCCAAACUGCGCACGGCUGCUGCUGGAGGCUGGAGCUCAGGUGGAUGUGCGAACCAUCCAUGGAAGUACUCCUCUGUGUAACGCCUGCUCUUCUGGAAGCCUCGAGUGUGCAAAGCUGCUGCUAGAGUACGGAGCCAAAGUGAAUCCUUCCCUCACUGCUCUCACUGCAUCGCCCCUCCACGAGGCCUGCAUCAACGGUAAUGUUGAAGUGGUGAAGCUGAUGAUAGCCAGCGGAGCUCAGCUGGAGGCGUAUGAUGUCCACUUUGGUCCACCGCUGCACAUCGCAUGUGCCAAAAGACACGUGGACUGUGUAAAGGAGCUGCUGAGUGCAGGUGCUAAAGUGAAUUCAGUGAAGUUCCAUGAGACGGCCCUGCACCACGCGGCUCGAGCCAGCAUGGUGGACAUGAUCGAGCUGCUAAUGGAGUUUGGAGCAAAUGUUUACGCCAGCGACAACCUGGGGAGAAAACCCGUGGACUAUACAACGCCUGCGUCUCCUGCUUACACUUGCCUCAUGUGUUAUGAGAGUAAUCCUCUGAGCCUGCAGCAGCUGUGCAGAAUCACAGUGUGGAAGUUUCUUGGCGCCAGAGCCUCAGAGGUCAUCCAUCAGCUGGACAUAUCUCACCGCAUUCAGAGCUACCUGCAGUUCUGUGAACAUCCCUCAUCACUGCACUGACACAUGCAUGGAGCUCUUAAUGUGUAUGAGAGACUGGUUCAUCUUAAAUAUUUUGUUUUGUUCAUCAUACGUCUUAAAUUUACACACUGUGACCAUAGAUAUAAUUAUGUAGAUGUUGCCUUCGGCCUUCUGACAUGUUAAUGAGGGCCCUUUUUUGGAGAGUCAUAGCUGCAGCUCAGAAUGACUGGAAGAUUAUGACAAAGCAGGACCAUCCAUGAUUAAAGUAUUUAUAUGUCACUAAAAUGUGAACCCGUUUUCAAGCAUUUUUUUUAAACAAAUUUAUGACUUUUAUUUAUGAUCCAGGAUACUUGGUUAAAUUAAAAAUGUAGAUUUUUAUAUCAAAAUUGCAUGUUUACAUAUUAAAGUAUUGACAGGGAAAGGU